GUAAUACAGCCACCUCACCUCUUGCAUAUGUGCGGUCUGGGCAGCCCGUGGGUUGACACCCCGAAGUCAGUUGGCUUGCACAUAUCUAUCGUCUUGUACCCGUUGUACCCGCUUCCGAGUUCCGACUAGAGCAACCAGACGACGAUAUGUUCUUUAUUUACCGAAAUGGCCUCCCUUUAACGAAAAUUGGUAGAUCGGAACCAGAGUAUUGACGUUUCUUCCAUUCCUUGGACCUCCGGUCCUUCGCCGGAACCGAGCGUUCUCCGGAGAUGUCUCGCCACGCAGCUUCUACGCAUUUCCACAAAUCGAAGACGCUCGAUAACAAAUACAUGCUCGGGGAUGAGAUUGGGAAGGGAGCGUACGGUCGCGUGUACAAGGGUUUGGACUUGGAGAAUGGAGACUUCGUUGCAAUUAAGCAAGUUUCCUUGGAGAAUAUCGCUCAAGAGGAUCUCAACAUUAUCAUGCAAGAGAUUGAUCUACUAAAGAAUUUGAAUCACAAAAACAUUGUGAAAUAUCUUGGAUCCUUGAAGACAAAGACUCAUCUGCACAUAAUUCUCGAGUAUGUGGAGAACGGCUCACUUGCUAACAUUAUCAAGCCAAACAAGUUUGGCCCUUUUCCAGAAUCUUUGGUGGCUGUUUACAUAGCUCAGGUUUUAGAAGGUUUGGUCUAUCUACAUGAACAAGGUGUAAUUCAUCGGGAUAUCAAGGGUGCAAAUAUAUUGACAACCAAAGAGGGUCUUGUUAAACUUGCUGAUUUUGGAGUUGCAACAAAACUGACCGAGGCUGAUGUUAAUACACAUUCUGUUGUUGGAACACCAUAUUGGAUGGCUCCUGAGGUAAUAGAAAUGUCAGGAGUCUGUGCAGCAUCAGACAUCUGGAGUGUUGGCUGCACUGUGAUUGAACUUCUUACUUGUGUCCCGCCUUACUAUGAUCUCCAGCCUAUGCCAGCUUUAUUCCGGAUUGUUCAGGAUGAGCAUCCUCCAAUUCCUGAUCGUCUAUCUCCUGACAUUACAGAUUUUCUGCGUCAAUGUUUUAAAAAGGAUGCUAGGCAGAGACCAGAUGCAAAGACGCUACUUAUGCAUCCCUGGAUUCAGAACUCAAGGCGUGCUUUGCAAUCCUCACUUAGGCCUUCUAGUGGAACAGUAAAAAGUAUAGAAGAUGUUUCAGAGCCUGCCGAAAUUUCAAGCAAAGAUCAUAAUAGUGGUGAAAGUCCUUCCAGGGGAAAAAUGAAAAGAGAUGCCUCUGAUAUGGAAGUACUUCAGGAGGAAUCUAAGAAAGAGUUAUCAGAAACAGAUGCUGUCGAUAUGAGCAGGCCUGAUCAGGAUCACAAUGCAAACGGUAAUUUUGUUCCAGAAAGUUUAGAUAAUCAAGAAGCUGAUACUCUCUCAUAUCAAGAUCCCACUUUAGCUUUCCAUGACAAGCAAUCCAUGCAAACUAGUUCUGGUAGGCUGUCUUAUACCAGAGGUGAGGUUCCUAACCAGGGGCAAUCACCAGAAUUGUCAAAAAUGGCCGAUCAGGAUGAUCUAGUGAUGAAUGGUAAGAUGGCUUCUCCAGAGUUGAAAAGGGAAAACUUCAUGAAUGGAGAACAUGAAGGAAAAGGUGGUCCUGCUGUUGGUGAUAUUGAUUUAUUUGGCCCUGGACUAAGGAAUGAUGAGAACGGUCCUCAGAAGGCUGCUAAGGCAUCAAUCAUUUCCGGAGGACAUGAAUUAAGUAGAUUCAGUGACACACCAGGGGAUGCUUCUUUGGAUGAUUUAUUUCAUCCGCUUGACAGAAACCAAGAGGACCGGGCAGCUGAAGCUUCAACAUCCUCCUCAUCACAGAUAAAUCAAGUUAGUGUUAUACAUGAUGCUGGAAAGAAUGACCUGGCAACAAAGCUCAAGGCUCGAAUGGCUCAAAAGCGGACAGAAAAUGAAAUGGGACAGACUGGGGGAGACUUGUUGCGCCUCAUUAUUGGCAUUGACACUUCGGUUUUUGAUGACAAACUGGCUGGAGAAAACCUUUUUCCUCUACAGGCUGUAGAAUUUAGCAGAUUAGUUGGGUCACUAAGGCCAGAAGAGUCGGAAGAUGUGAUUGUUUCUACAUGUCAGAAGCUUAAUGCUUUCUUUCAAGAGCGUCCAGACCAGAAAAUUGUCUUUGUUUCUCAACAUGGUUUUCUCCCCUUAAUGGAAUUGCUUGAAGUUCCUAAAACUCGUGUUAUAUGUUCUGUUCUUCAAAUUAUAAACCAGAUAAUCAAAGAUAAUACUGGUUUCCAAGAAAAUGCAUGUCUUGUUGGCUUGAUUCCUGUUAUCAUGAGCUUUGCGGUACCUGAUCGACCCCGAGAAGUUCGUAUGCAGGCUGCCUAUUUCUUGCAGCAGCUUUGUCAAUCAAGCUCCUUGACAUUGCAAAUGUUCAUUGCUUGCCGUGGAAUACCUGUUUUGGUGGGCUUUCUUGAGGCUGACUAUGCAAAAUACAGAGAAAUGGUUCAUCUAGCCAUUGAUGGCAUGUGGCAGGUCUUUAUGCUUCAGCGUUCAACACCUAGAAAUGAUUUCUGUCGCAUAGCUGCAAAGAAUGGUAUACUUAUAAGGCUCAUUAACACCCUUCACAGUUUGAAUGAAGCAACUCGAUUGGCAGGUGGGUAUGUUCAAGGGGAUGGUUUAGCUCCAAGACCACGAUCUGGUCCUCUAGAUUCUAGCUUUCCUGUUUCAACACAAGGUGAAAUACCCCUUUCUAGUCCUGAUCAACUUGAUGUGCUUAAGGUUAGACAUGGGGUUAUUGACCAUCCUUUGUCAACUGGAACAAUGGAACCAUCGCGUGCUUCAGCUUCAUACUCCCAAAGAUCAGAUGCCAACCAAGACUCCAGGUACUUUCUUGGUGAUAGUGAUAAAGCUCAGUCAAACCACACUGUAAUGGAAGCUUCAGUUGCUUCCAAGUUUCCGGAGCCAACAGUUAUAGAAAAUGAUACUUCUCGAGCAGAAGUUGACCUUAGACAACGAGUCACUAACUUGGACAAUAGGAUUUCUACUGACAAGCCUUUAAAACAAACGGAGAAUGCAUCUAAUGGUUUCCCAACCACAUUAGCUUCUCAGCAAGAGCAAAUUCGACCACUUCUUAGUUUGUUGGACAAGGAACCUCCAUCCAGACAUUUCUCUGGUCAGCUUGAGUAUGUACGCCAGCUCUCUGGAUUGGAGAGACAUGAAAGCAUACUGCCAUUGUUACAUUCAUCCGCAGAAAGGAAAACAAAUGGUGAAUUAGAUUUUCUGAUGGCAGAAUUUGCAGAGGUUUCUGGUCGUGGAAGAGAAAAUGGAAAUCUUGACUCCGCUCCAAGAUUAUCACACAAAACAGUAACCAAGAAGUUAGGACCACCAAUGUCUAAUGAAGGAGCUGCCUCAACAUCUGGCAUUGCAUCUCAGACUGCAUCAGGUGUACUCUCUGGCUCAGGUGUUCUAAAUGCUAGACCAGGAAGUGCAACAUCUUCUGGAUUACUUUCACACAUGGUGUCAACAUUGAAUGCUGAUGUGGCUAGGGAGUACCUUGAGAAGGUUGCUGACCUACUGCUUGAGUUUGCCCAAGCAGACACAACAGUUAAAUCUUACAUGUGUAGCCAGAGCUUGCUUAGCCGUCUUUUCCAGAUGUUCAAUAAGAUAGAACCUCCUAUACUUCUGAAGUUAUUGAAGUGUAUCAACCAUUUGUCAACCGAUCCAAACUGUUUAGAGAAUCUUCAGCGUGCUGAUGCAAUCAAACAUUUGAUUCCAAAUCUUGAUCUCCAAGAAGGACCUCUCAUACAUCAGAUACAUAGUGAAGUCCUCAAUGCGCUUUUCAAUCUCUGCAAAAUAAACAAGAGGCGGCAGGAGCAGGCUGCUGAAAAUGGAAUUAUUCCACACUUGAUGCGUUUCAUCAUGUCAGAUUCACCCUUGAAACAGUAUGCAUUGCCUCUGCUGUGUGAUAUGGCGCAUGCAUCUCGUAAUUCAAGGGAGCAGUUAAGGGCCCAUGGUGGGCUGGAUGUGUACUUGAGUCUGCUGGAUGAUGAACUCUGGUCAGUGACCGCAUUGGAUUCUCUUGCAGUCUGUUUGGCACAUGACAAUGAUAACAAAAAAGUAGAACAAGCUUUACUCAAAAAGGAAGCUGUUCAGAAAUUGGUGAAGUUCUUCCAGAGAUGUCCAGAGCAACAUUUUGUGAAUAUACUGGAGCCCUUUUUGAAAAUUAUCACGAAAUCAUCCCGAAUAAAUACAACAUUGGCAGUUAAUGGUUUGACCCCAUUGCUUAUUGCAAGGCUUGACCACCAAGAUGCAAUUGCUCGUCUCAAUUUACUCAAGCUAAUAAAGGCUGUUUAUGAGCACCAUCCACGGCCUAAACAACUCAUUGUGGAGAAUGAUCUACCUCAGAAGCUUCAAAAUCUGAUUGAAGAGCGCAGGGAUGGGCAGCGAUCUGGAGGUCAAGUCUUGGUGAAACAGAUGGCCACAGCAUUGCUCAAAGCACUUCAUAUCAAUACUGUACUGUAAAUUUUGGUCUUUCUAACCUCUACUCCCUGUUUCUGUAUAUUUGAUUUCUUGGGAGCAACAUGGUUGUGUUUGCUUUUCACUCCGUCUAUAGGAUGAACACUAAUUGCUGGCAAGGCCCCCUAUUUUAUCUGGGUUGCUAGGUCUAGAUGUCAUUUUAGCCCCACAUUGAGAUGUUAAGAUUGUAAGUUUUUUUCUUCCUUUUACCUAAGUUAGGAUAGUCUUGUGUAAAGGUUGCUACAGCCAUAGAUGGUUCUCACAUAAAACCUGAAUUUUGGACUUUUAAUUGAACUGUUCUGUAUCUA